GACACUUAAAAAUGGCUCCCUUUUGUGAAAAUCACUACCUGGCAAGUCCAGACUUCCUCAAAACAGCUUUUCAUGUGAUAACAGGCCUUGCAACCCCAAUUCAUGCGUUCGGAUUUUACUGUAUUAUCUAUAAAACUCCAGUUCAUAUGAAAACCGUGAAAUGGUUGCUUUUCAAUUUGCACUUCUGUUGUAUUAUGCUUGAUAUUACCAUUAGCUUCUUGGGUAUUCCAUAUAUCAUAUUCCCGGCUAUGGCGGGCUAUGGACUGGGUCCAAUUGAUUCUCCGGGCUUGAUUUUCUACCUAGGAGUUACUUUUGUAACCUGUGUUUCCACUGCAAUAUUCGUGACAUUUGAAAAUAGAUUUUUCACCUUAUUCGCCCAAACAUCCAAUUGGAAAUAUUUUCGAAAAUACGCAAUUGGCUUCAGUUACAUAAUCAUACCAUUAUACUAUCUACCUAUCCAGUUCUUACUUCCUGAUCAAAUAACUGGAAGAGAACUCUCAUGGGCGAUGCUUGACUGCAUACCGGAACUACCGAGCGAUGGGAGGCUGCUGUUCGUAUUUCAAGUUGAGAAACUUGCUCCGGCUCUCACAAUGAUGGUAUCUGAAAGUGUUCCAACAAUUCAAGUGGGGUCCUUUUUCUUUUUGAACGUUUAUAAUUUGAUAUUUGCCAGUCCUAGUGGGAUAUCCAGAAAGACAGUGCAAAUGCAGCAUAGGCUGGUGAUAGCCUUGAUAAUUCAGACCUCUGUAUCACUAUUCUUCUUCCUCGUCCCAAUCAACCUCAUUAUAUCAUUUGUAUUUUUUCAUCAUCAAAAUCAAUUUCACAAUAAUUUGAUAUUUUUUGCCUUGGCAAUUCAUGGAAUCGCUUCUACACUAAUUAUGGUAUUUGUGCACAAACCUUAUCGAGACUUUGCUUUAUCUCCAUUUGACUAAUUUUUCAAGAAGCCGGUGGUUUUAGAGGUUUUACCGGUUAAUUCUACUUCUAGGACAGUGUAAAGAUGUUUUUUUUAAGAAAUGAAUUUUUCUAAAAAAC